UCUUCUUUUAUCUUAGAUAACUCAAGAAAAAAACAUUGUUCACAUAAGAACGGGAAGUGGGGACGGAAAGUUGACAAAUGGCGUAGCUACACGAGCUAUAUAUGGACAACGGUGCCUCGUACCCGAUAGCAUAACAUGCUCUUAUUCUUCGUUCAGAGACAAACAACAACAAAAACUGAAGCAGCCAUGGAUUCCGCAAGUGCAGCUCCUUUGCACGUAGCAAUAUUUCCAUGGUUUGCCAUGGGCCACCUAACCCCAAUUCUUCACCUCUCCAACAAGCUUGCACAGAGAGGCCACAGAAUCUCCUUCAUAGUCCCCAAAAGAACACAAACCAAACUACAACACCUCAAUCUUCACCCUCACCUCAUCACCUUUGUCCCCAUCACUGUUCCUCGAGUUGAUGGUCUUCCUCAAGAUGCUGAAACCACUUCAGACAUACCCUUCUCUUUGUUCCCACUUCUCGCCACGGCUUUGGACCGCACCGAGAAAGACAUCGAACUUCUCCUAAGGGAACUGAAACCACAAUUUGUUUUCUUCGAUUUCCAACAUUGGCUGCCCAACCUGACUCGAAGCCUAGGCAUCAAGAGUGUCGCGUAUUUCAUAGUUAAUCCGUUAUCAAUAGCGUAUCUCGGAAACGGACCAAGACAGAGCCAAGGAAGAGAAUUAACUGAAGUUGAUUUUAUGGAACCCCCUCAGGGGUUCCCUGAUGAUGCAUGCAUAAAGUUUCAGCCACAUGAACUUCGGUUCCUCGUUUCCACAAGGAAACUCGAGUUUGGAAGCGGCGUUUUUCUGUACGAUCGGCUGCACACCAGUACAUGCUUGGCAGAUGCAAUUGGAUUCAAAGGUUGCAGAGAAAUUGAAGGGCCAUAUGCGGAGUAUCUUGAAACUGUGUAUGGGAAGCCCGUUUUACUUUCAGGGCCUCUUUUACCUGAGCCACCAAACACUACUUUGGAGGAAAAAUGGGUUGCAUGGCUUGGGAGAUUCAAACCUGGUUCUGUUAUUUUCUGUGCAUAUGGAAGCGAAAGCCCGUUACCGCAAAAUCAGUUUCAAGAGUUGUUGCUUGGUCUUGAACUUACAGGUUUUCCGUUUCUUGCAGCACUUAAGCCUCCUAAUGGGUUUGUUUCUAUCGAAGAAGCUUUGCCAGAAGGGUUCAGUGAAAGGGUUAAAGGAAGAGGGGUUGCAUGUGGAGGUUGGGUGCAGCAACAAUUGAUCUUAGAACACCCUUCUGUUGGGUGUUUCAUAACACACUGUGGAGCUGCUUCUGUGACAGAGGCACUUGUGAAUAAGUGUCAGUUGGUGUUCUUACCUAGGUUGGGUGCUGAUCAUGUCAUAAAUGCAAGAAUGUUUAGUAAAAAGUUGAAGGUUGGGGUGGAAGUAGAGAAAGGUGAUGAAGAUGGGUUGUUCACAAAAGAAAGUGUAUGCAAAGCUGUGAAAACUGUGAUGGAAGAUGGGAAUGAGGUUGGAAGAAAAGUGAGAGAAAAUCAUGCCAAACUGAGGAACUUCUUACUAAGCGACAGUUUAGAGUCGACGUGUGUUGAUGGUUUCUGUCAACAACUUCAAGAUUUGUUAUAAUUUCUGAGCUUUAAAGUUUGAAUGAUCCACGAGUUUCUCAGUUGUUUACAAAUAAAUAUAUGUUCAACGAAUGUUGUGCAUUGAGGAAUAGAAAUCAGUUUUAUUUAAUAGCAGUGAGUAAUGCGUUAAAUGAACCUUUCAACUAGUUAAUCCAAAUUAAUAUAUUUUUUACCUUUCAA